GACUUCCUCAGAGAGCAAAGAUUUCCCAUGAAGUGUUGUUCAAAAGCAAGAGCACAUUGUAUACCAUAUAACUGGUUCUCAUCAUGACUCUGAAUUUUACAAACUAUGUCAACUUGGGAAUGACAAUGAAACACUUCUUACUUUUGGCUGCUGCUGCUGGCUUUCUGCCUGUUUUGAUUGCAAAACCAUCUGUGGUUCCAUAUAGUACAGUCCUUACUGACUUGGCAACUGUUCAAGAAGAAAUUGUUCAUCUGCACAAUUAUAUCAGGAACUCAGUAUUUCCGGAAGCCAGAAACAUGAUGAAAAUGAGUUGGAAUGAAGAAGCUGCCCAAAAUGCCAGAAUAGUGUCAAACAACUGUGACUUGGCAAAGAGCAAUGCACUUAAGAGGCGAAUUUCAAAUACUUUUUGUGGAGAAAAUAAGCAUUUGACACCUCAUGUUAUCCCAUGGCCACAGGUCAUUGAAACCUGGUACAAUGAGUCUAUGGAUUUUCAAUAUGGCUAUUGGUCACCAGUGAUUGAGGAGAAACAUGAUCGUUACAUUCAGAUGGUUUGGGCUUCUUCCUACCUCAUUGGCUGUGGUGUGUCACCAUGCUGCAAAACAAUGUCACAUCAAUAUCUCUAUGUUUGUCACUAUUGUCAUGAGGGAAAUGAACCUGCGACAAAGAAUCAACCUUAUAAGAUGGGCAAUGCAUGUGAAGACUGUCCAAAUAAUUGUGACAAUGGACUUUGUACUAACCCCUGCAUCUACUAUGAUGAGUACACUAACUGUCAAAAGCUACAGCGUGUGCAUGGAUGCAUCCAGCGGGCAGUUAAAAUGCUGUGCAAAGCCAGUUGUCUUUGUGGCACAGAGAUAACAUAAGCUUUGUUGUUUCAGCUAGAAUGUAAUAGUGAGGAAAUGUCCACUGGAUUUCAUCUUUUACCUUAAUUUGCUUCAGUAGCUUCUGCCGAAUUUCAUUUGGUUUUAAUUAUACUUGAUAUCCUAAUUUUUCACUAAUCAUAUAUGAGCAUCAGAUAUUUAUAUCCAUGUCACCCACUCCUUUCUGGGUACAUCCUGAAGUAACAUUAUUUUAAAUUUUCUUACUCCUGCAGUGAAAGGUCUAGUUCAACACCUGCCCCAUCAAUAUGGAUCAUAAAGCUUUGUGACUUAGAGUACUUAGGUUGACAUUAUUCAGCUGAGGCACACCUGGGCCCCUCUUUCUCUCUUUAACUUCUUCCCUUGCUUUCUUGCAUCUCCCACCAGACUGAUGUUCGUCUUCCCCAUAUAACUUACAUAAACUAAAAAUUCUUCACUUCUUUACUUUUAUCUUGAAUCAAUCAUUAAAAUAAUCUACAAAGCAACCAAAAGGUCCAGUAUCAUUCAUUGCAAGGUAAAUAUUGCUUAACUGCAAGUGGUUUUAAGUGUCUUAUCGUUUCAUUGCUAUAUCUAUACACAUUUGUAAAGCAGGGGAAAAACCUGUGUGUCCUUAAUUUAACAAUAUAUGGAAUCAGUCCUGAUUACUUACAAAGCUUAAUUCAUAAAGUAUAGAGGAUAUUGCCUCACUCAUUUCAAAUAAAGAUGUAAAUAUUAGUGAAUCUGAAUAUUAAACAAAUUGGUGAAGUGUGUGGCUACAUGGCUGCCUAUAGAGCCCAGUACCUGGUAUUUGUUUUCAGUUUCAGGAUUUUUUUUAAUAAAUGUACUCCUUUGUCAAAACAUGUAUAACAAAGAGGCAGUAGAAACCAAAUUUCACUUCAAGGAUGACAGUUGUCUUUGGGACCCCAAAUAAGCUUCCUAUGCUAAAUAUCUACAAAGAAAUGUGACACAAACUAUAGUGUAACUUUUUAAAAAUGCUUCCCAAUAUUACCCCCAUGACCACAGUUUAUCUGGAAGGUUUGUGAUCACAGCA